CCGCCGCCCGCGCGUUGAAAAAGCAGAUUACCCCAGAGGUGGUCGCCAGGUACGAGAGAUGGAGAGACCAGAAUGGUGUUACCGAGGCAUAACCGACAGUGCGCGGCCCUUUGACCUUUUUUGUCCUUUGAACUGGCGGACUCUGCGCCAUGUUCACCGCACACGAGGCCGACACUAAUCGACAUGAUGCCGCCUAGGUUCAUCCGCUCACGCUCCUGUACUCGCGGCCUCUCGCGAGAUACACACUGCCGCAUACGAAACAUGUAUUGCCACACUAGAUCAUUCUGCUGUCGUGACGGUGUGCCUCCACCCGCUGUGUGAUUCUCGAGCGUCCUGGCGUAGGCGCCACUCAACUUACUCGUUCAAUGGGGCCAUUUACCGAACAUCGCUAUGUUCCGUACUAAGGAUGCCGGAGGUAUCGCUGGACUUCGGAGGUUGAUGCUGAGACAAUGUGCAUGUGGCCCCUGUACAGUGCUGCUUGGGACUCCAUCCUUAUCCAGGUCCCAUAAUGGAAUGUCCGGAGUCAAGCGUCACAGGAAGAUCACUGAAUCAGGCAACUAUCACCGCCCCGGACAUCCUCUUCCCUUGCUCUGCCGUGUAGUCGAUUUUGCUUCGCAUUGUUGUGCCUGUGCGGAUAUACAGCUCAUUUGAGUAAUUUGGAUCACACUGCACA